UAGUUUUUGGCAAAAUCGCCCCGCCCUACGUCCAUGCUUUCUUUUACACUACAGUUAUGGAGGAUUUUGCCCCCAACUUCGCUACCAGCUUGGAGGCACCUAUGGCAGCACCACAAGACACCUCCUUACAGACCCCUCCGUGAUGAAGAGCCCCCGCUCCGUGCUGUCGCCCCUGAGGCAUCCCCUCCCUCAGCGGGCAGCUGAACCCCACAAAUUCCAACGCUCACAUGUCUGCAGCUUUCCGAUGGAUCACGAAAUUGUGUUACCAAAAAUUUACAUUCCACCGGGAUAUGCAGGUCACCGACCGAUGCUGCAGUUUCAGCACGCCACCUCUUUCAGUCACAUGGUCGCCAAUGCAGUUGAUGACUUUUUGGAGGUCCAAUCAUCAGUGACCGGACGGCAGAUCAACCGUGCAGUGGAAGAUACUUACAACCACGACGCCAGAGAGGAUGUUUAUACCACGAGACACUGGAAGCCGAAGGCAGAAUUUAAAUCCCCUUUAUCGACAUUUAAGAAUUCAAAAAUAGACCUACCACAAAACCUGCAACGUAACGCCGUACCGGGUUACACCGGGUUCAUUCCUCGAUAUCACUCGAGUACAGGCGCCAGUUUUGCACCAAGAGUCAAGGAGAGUAUGGAUGAAUUUGAUCGCAGCCAGGUAGGAAAGAUAAUUGUAAGAGGCUAA